AUGGGCAAGUUGACCCACACUUCCAUUGUCACCGAUACGAAGCAACAGAUAUCACGAAAGCGAUGCAAGGGACGUUCGGACACCCCAUCUGCGAACGCUUUGCGCGAAAGAGUAAGAGCCCAGAAUAUGAAGAAGGCGUACUUAAAUUUACAGAAAACCUUACCGCAAGUUCCGCCCGACACUAAACUGCCAAGACUAAAUAUCUUGUUGUUAGCCAUAGAUUACAUCUCCCAUCUCCGCUGCGUCCUCCGCAGCGAAACUCAGGGCGAGCGAAACUACACUAAUUUCGAAGACAAAACUGGGAUGCUUCGGCCAUUUAUUGAGGUGAGGUAUUAGAAGAGCUUGGAAAGAAUAGAAGUAUAGAAAGGAAAGGAAAAUCACCCUCGAAGUAAUGGGUGAAUACAACUGAACUGACAAAAUACUUCAGAAACAUUUGUUGGGGGAAAUUGCCGUUCUUCAAGUCGGCUAUCAAAAGGCCAGAACCUAACGGUACACGCCGUUUAAGAAAAUCAUAUUUCUAAUAGUCAUAAAAUGAAGUGCUAAACUUUAAUCACAACAUACAUGUUUACAUUGCUGUACAAGUCACGAGUUCGUGUAAACAGUUUUCUUUGCGGCCGGCACUCUUUCAUGACCAAGAGCAGCUCCUUCUUCUGUUGAACGAAAAAAUGUCAACGGAAACGAAUAUCUUUUGUGUAAACAUUUUGUAGAACAAUCAUUCUUUUCGGAAGAUAAUGAAACUUUCAAAUGAGAAAAACAGAAGUCCACAAUGCUAAAAUACUCUUCAAAUUUUCUUACUCAGUUUGUAGCCAAGCGUUCAAUGAAGACUUUCUGGUCGAUGUCGCAAAACUGAGAGUGCUUCUGAUAAACCACAACUUUACUUUUUCUUGUUAAGGUCAAAACAAUUCGGUAUUUGCAAGUUUCGUGACGAGCCUACAUAGUACUAAUAAGCCCCGAAGAUAGUAGAAGGAAAAAGAUAAAAAAGCACUUUGGAGAGCAACAUAGUUUAUUGAACUAAUGAGUUUCCAUUGUUUGAAGUUAUUUAAAACAAGUUGAUUUGGAAAAUGUGAUAACAGAGCUCGUUGAGGACAUUUGGGACAGACAUCGAAACAAAUAGUUUAUUUUCUGCGCUCAAAUUGUUCGCUCGUUUGAAGAUCGAUAACUGUUGAGUAAAUAACCGUGCGGUGUCGUGUUUUGGGCCCUGUUUUCGGUCAAUGAUCGAACAAGCCAGGCCAACUGAACUAAGAGAUUAUUUUUUGUUACUUGGUAGGGGUCCAAGGCAACUAGCUGUUUCGUUAAAGUCACAACUAUCUUUGACAAAGCUUUUAAAAGAAUUGGUCGAUACAUAACUCUUUCAAUCACGGAAAUGGAACAGAGAUUUGAAGGAAUGUUUCUUGUUUUGGACUGGUCACGUAUAAGUUGACCGGUUAAUUUUCCAUGCAUGACCCUAUUAGUCACACUUAACAUCAUGAUACGCGAGUUAUUUUUACGAAACUACUAUUGCAGCAAACUCAGGCUUCUACUCAACAAAAUGAAAGAUAGAAACUGAAAGAUAUUCUUUUACAGCCAGAGUGAACGAACAACCUACAUAUGAAAAAACGAGUGUUCUUGCACAUUUAAGACAACAAAGUAAAACGGCGUCCUAUACGUCCAUAAAAAGCACGGCAUUCUAGUAUUCUCGGCUCAGCGCAUUUGUGAAGGCAGUUCAACUCUUAAACGCCACAGAUUUGCACUUUGGAAAAGUAGUGGUUCUGCUUUUUUGAGACUCUAGUCUUACAAAGUUUACUUUCUGUCUUUUAAACUGCUUGACGGCGGUUCAGUUCAUGUCCCCAUGUUUUCUGAGAAGCUCUACGAAACACUUCGGAAAACUGUGUAAUUAAGCUGUAAUUUCCUGUGGUUCUAACUUUUAAAUCUGUAGAUGAAAUCCUACUGUGAUAUGAUACCAUUCAAAUUGACUGUAAGCCCGACUUUGUGUUACUUUCCUGUGAUACUAUUAAUUACACUGAAAAAGACUGUUCUGCAAUGGACUUUGGAGUCUCACUUUUAUAGUAUUAAAACCAAUCUGACUGAGUGAUCAUUCAAAUGUACUGAGCACACUGAGUACUUUCUAGCUUCAAAACUCUGAAGAAGGUUUUAACUUUUAAUUUCUCCUUGAAAUCCUGGUUUGUGACCAUUCAAAUCAAAGCUACGAAGCAGUACUUUCCUGUGGUGUUGAUUACGCCAUAGUGGGCGGUUUGCCGAGAUCGUACACGAAAGCCUUUCCUUAUGCUGAACAAGCUGGUUCUAACGUUCAAGCCCAUAUAAAACAGUUUUCUGUGUAUUUGUUACAGAAAUGGCCAAUUAGAAGCCAACUGCUAUCCGACUUUCCAAGACCGCAAGUUACCGCAUCACAACCAAGACAACUAACAUCAAAGCAACAGAAGUAG